AUGGCAGCAAUUAAGAAAAAACUGGUGAUCGUUGGUGAUGGUGCUUGUGGAAAGACCUGCCUACUGAUCGUAUUCACCAGAGAUCAAUUCCCAGAAGUCUAUGUGCCAACUGUCUUUGGAAACUACGUAGCAGAUAUUGAAGUAGAUGGAAAACAGGUGGGUCUGGUUCUGUGGGACACAGCUGGGCAGGAGGAUUAUGACAAUUUGCGCUGUCUUACCUACCCUGACGCUGAUGUCAUCUUGAUGUGUUUCUCCAUUGAUAGCCCAGACAGUUUAGCGAACAUUCCUGUGAAAUGGGCACCAGAAGUGGAACAGUAUUGUCCCAAUGUUCCAAUCAUCCUGGUUGGCACGAAGAAGGAUCUGAUAAAUGAUGAGCACACCCGACAGGAACUCACAAAGAUGAAUCAGGAGCCAGUUAAACCAGAAGAUGGAAGAGAAAUGGCCAACAGAAUUAAUGCUUUUGGUUACCUUGAAUGUUCAGCCAAGACCAAGGAUGGAGUGCAAGAGGUCUUUGAAAUGGCCACACGGGCUGCCUUACAAGUCCAGAAACACAAGAAGAAGCUUUGUUGCUCUGUUCUUUAA